GGAGGAGGAGAAAGUGAAAGGGGAGGAGUGGAGGAGAAAUCCCGGCCUGCCGAGGAAGAGAGAAAUAUGAUUGUGUGUGUUUGGGACGAGAAAGCAGAGCACGGAGUGAUCACAAACGAGGCAAAAGUCCACGCGCGGAGGCAGCGCACUUCUAUCACGUGCUGGCGUGGAUUCGUGCAGCGAGAAAGUAUCAAAGCGUCGCCGGAGUGACUUCUACAAUUACUUUGUUUUUCCUUCUCUGUUUUGCCUUUCCUCCCCCUCCGCCCUGCAUUCCGCGGAGCAGCUGUGUUUUAAUGCCACUGCGCACCCGAGGAGGAGAGGAAGGAGAGAAGAGUGAGGAAGAAGAAGAAGAAAAAGAAGAAGAAGAAGAAGAAGAAGAAAAAGAAGGAGUGAGAAGGCCUAGACACCACCCCUCCUCGUCCUCUGGAGGUCUGUGCACUCUCCCCUCCUGGCCCUGCAUGGACGGGGAUGGGGAGAGCCGGAUGCUGUUGCCGCGGGGCUGAGCGCCUCGCCUCCCCGUCUCUGGUGCGCCGCUUCCGGCCACUGCUGCUGCUGAUCAUCGCUCUCUGCUGCGGAGCUCACAUAGGUCAGUGCCAGGUUGUCACCCCUCAGUGUCGUAUCCAGAAGUGUACCACCGACUUCGUCUCUCUCACCUCCCACCUCACUCCAGCCGUGGAUGGCUUCCACACAGAGUUCUGCAAGGCUCUACGUGCGUACUCUGCCUGCACUCAGAGGACUGCCAAGUCCUGUCGGGGGAACCUGGUCUUCCACUCUGCUGUGCUGGGCAUCUCCGACCUCAUGAGUCAGAGGAACUGCUCCAGAGAUGGGCCUACGUCCUCCACGCACCCGGAGGUGGUGCACGAGCCCUGCAACUACCACAGUCGUACCCAGCACGCACACACGCACUCCCAUGUGCAUGCACACACGCACACCCACAGUCACAACCAUGCCCACAGCCACUCUAAGCCCAAGUAUCUGUUCUGUGGGCUGUUUGGAGACCCCCACCUGAGGACAUUUAAGGACAGCUUCCAGACUUGUAAGGUGGAGGGGGCGUGGCCUCUCAUUGAUAAUGACUAUCUUUCGGUGCAGGUCACUAAUGUACCCGUGGUGCCUGGCUCCAGUGCCACAGCUACCAAUAAGAUCACCAUCAUCUUCAAGCCGUAUGAGGGUUGCACAGAGCAGAGGGUGUACCAGGCGGUCACAGAUAGCCUCCCUGCUGCCUUUGAUGACGGGACAAUAAGCAGUGGAGACCCCAUUCACACCUCUGCUGGGUCAGACGGUGCUACCGGUAAGGUCCGGGCUCUGUGGAUCUCGGAGCGCAGCCCAGGAAACCACGUGGAACUGCACGCCGGCUACAUCGGUGUAACUGUGAUCGUCCGCCAGCUGGGCCGCUACCUCACCCUUGCAGUGCGGAUCCCAGAGGAGCUAGCUCAGGCCUACGAUGCCUCCCAGGACCUGCAGCUGUGCCUGAACGGCUGCCCCAGCAGUGAGCGAAUCGACCAGGCUGGGCAUCUUCCCCUCCCUCUCUCCCCACCUGCUCUUGGCCUGCAGCUUCAGCGGCUGCGUCGACCCAGUUAUGCCUCACAGACACAAGCUUCUCCCUAUGGUACCGUGCAGGUCUUUGGGGUGGAGGGAGCGAAGGAGCGCUGCAGGGAGCAGCUGGAGGUGCAGGACAUUUACUUCCACUCUUGUGUGUUUGACCUCCUGACCACAGGGGAUGCUAACUUUACCGUGGCUGCAUACAGCGCCCAGAAGGAUAUGGAGAGUCUCCACCCACAGCAGGACAAAUGGAGGAUCUACCCUCGCAGCUCUGCCAUGUCGACCCUGUGUCCUUACUCUCAACCUGUCAAACGACUUGCUCUGCUCCUGCUGUGUGCUCUGAUCGGGGCGUUAUUGUAAGAGUAGGAGAGGGACUCUUUGUGUGUCUGCAGACAUGUUGGCUUGUGUGUCUGUGUGCACUAGAAAGCACUGAGCACUGUCACCGACCACUGAUUCCUCUCUUUUAUAGGGAGGAAGCAGCAAGCUGGACAUUUAUUGGGAACUGUAGUUUUUGUAAAAAAAAGAUGGCAGACCUCCCAAAAGACACAGGAAAUACCUACAACACAGGUUGCAUCUUUGCUGCAGUGUCUUCAUCAAUGAAAAGACACUUGACAAGGACACAGAUCUAAAGGUGUGGGUGAAGUGAGUGUGUGGAUAUACACUCCAGACUGUAAAUAGCUUGUCUUCAGUGCACAGUGUAAUGGCGUAGAGUUUUUUUUGGUGUCAUUAGAUGUGAUUUUCUUUGAUACCUCAGGCCGAGGAUGUUUCUUUUAACAGAAGCACUUUAUUUAGAUUUUUUAUUUUACAAAUCCACAUCAGUGUUUCUUCCUCUCACUUUACCUUCUCCACCAAAUACACACAAUUAUUUGUCUGUGAUGGCUUACAUUUUGGAGCCCAUGUAUGAUUUACUAGUGAUCUUUUCAAAGUAAAAGUCUGUUGAACCCAAGGAGCUGCCAUUUUUUUUAAAUGCAUCAUUCUUCCAGUAGCUGAUUUGACUCAGCAUCUCAUGUUAUGUCUGUCAGUGUGAGUUGUUCUCUUUUGAAUGUAUUAUGAAUUUUGUCAAAGCAAAUGACAUCAGUACUACUCUGUUGCUCUAUGAGUUUGUUGAUUUUCUCAGUCCUGGUUUCAAAUAUGUGUGAAUGAGUGUGUACAAGUGUGUGUGGCUGUGUCAGUGUUUUUUUUAUUCCUCUGAGAAUCAAGUUGCAGGUGUUUCCACCUUUUUAUUUUGCCAAGAGGCUGUGACAAAACAGGCACAGCGUAUUCUUUGUUAAUUUGAGCCAAAGAGAGUUAAUUUAUGUUUCUUUUUAAUGUACAAAUAUAUUCAGAACUCACUGAGGAACCAGCACCCUCCUCCUCCUCCUCACACUCUCUGUUUUCAAUGUUUCUACUGUAGACUGUUUUACUCCCACUGCCAGGACUGAAGAGCUGCUCCUUACUGGGAUACCUGAAAGACACAAAACACUGCAAAUAAGCAGUGUGUUGUGGGAAAUGUAUGCCAUUUGAUCUCUUAUAGAAAAAGCCAACCUUUAAGACUAUGAAUCUUUUUAGCAGUCUGUGUCAUUGUGCCCUGUUUGGUUGGCUGUUUUGAGCUUGAUCUCACACUUUGGCAUCGUGUGAGUGUCAGUUUGGUGAAGAGUGGCUGGUCAAUGUUGAAAUACUUAACUUAUUUAUGAUUGUAGUGUCCUGUAGAGGAAGUGAAGCUCCAUAUCCUUGCUGUUGGAUAAUAAUUUAAAAAAUGUCAGAUGUGAUUGUACUGCCACCUAGUGGUGCUCUGUUGCUAUGUCUGUGUUACUCAUGGCGCUCAAAAAUUCUGAAAAAAAAACUGUGUGCAAGUGUUUUAUUUAAAAAACAAUAAAGUCAAAAUGGUU